GCGAGAGGUGGGGCCCGCGCGAGAUUUCCGAUUUAAAGCGGCAGAACUCCUGGAAUCUUAAAAUCCGGGGUUGGUGCCUAGAGUGACGAGGAGCCUAAAUCCGCCGGCCCGAGCGCGGCGCGGCUUCUCCUGUGCCGUCCAGGCUACGCCAUGGCCCAGCAAAGAGCCCUGCCCCAGAGCAAGGAGACGCUGUUGCAGUCCUACAACAAGCGACUCAAAGAUGACAUCAAGUCUAUCAUGGACAACUUCACGGAGAUCAUCAAGACUGCCAAGAUUGAAGAUGAGACGCAGGUGUCACGAGCCACUCAGGGUGAACAAGACAAUUACGAGAUGCACGUGCGAGCAGCCAACAUCGUGAGUGGCCAGGGUGGAGGCAACACCCUGGGUUCUUGGGUGCGAGCCGGUGAGUCCCUCAUGAAGCUGGUGUCUGACCUCAAGCAGUUCUUGAUACUCAAUGACUUCCCGUCAGUAAAUGAGGCCAUCGACCAGCGCAAUCAGCAGCUGCGUGCCCUGCAGGAGGAGUGUGAUCGCAAGCUCAUCACCCUGCGGGACGAGGUCUCCAUUGACCUGUACGAGCUGGAGGAGGAGUACUACUCGUCCAGCUCGAGUCUUUGCGAAGCUAAUGACCUGCCUCUAUGUGAAGCUUACUGGAGGCUGGACCUCGACACAGAUUCUGCUGAUGGCCUCUCUGCCCCUCUUCUGGCAUCCCCGGAGCCUGGUGCUGGUCCCCUGCAGGCUGCAGCCCCUGCCCACUCCCAUGCUGGUGGCCCUGGCCCCACAGAGCACACCUGAGCCUCUCAUUCCAGGGCUGCCCUCCCCAAGCCUUAGUUUAUUAGGAAGGACAUCCGGGCUUCUUUCUGGAUGCCCACCAGAGCUUAGCAUCUUUCAGCCUCAGCCCCCACUUGGGGACUCCAGGACCUGGGAACCACUGUAUCUGCCUUAAGAACCUGCCCAGGCCAGAGCCAGCUCUCUCCUCAUGAUAGUUAGAGAAAGCUAUCCUAACCAUUUCCAGGGUGGCCCUUCACCUCUAGCCACUUACCAUCCUGACAUCCAGAUGGAAGUUGUUCCUUUGAGGGCUUUGAUUACAUGGCAGAGCAGGGAGAUGGUGGCAUUGGCAAGACUGCCUGAGCAGAGUGUUAGCCAAGCCCAGCCACCAUACUUAGGCCAGGGCUCCUGGGCAGAGCCCUGUCUACUGCCUUGUGCCCUGAGCACAAAUGCCCAUGCCACAGCUGGCAGCCCUGACAAGGCUGUGUGAGGUGGCCUGCCAGGGACUUCUUCCUGGAUUCGGCCGCUGUAUCCAUUGUGCUGCUUUUGUAAUGAGACUGUUAAAUAAAACCAAGAACUUUU